UUUCCAUUCCUCCCUUCCCCGACCAAACACGACAAAAUAAUACUCAGACCCCAAAUCCCCCGUGGCACCCACCAAAUGCGUAGAUUCCUCACAUCAUUUUCCUCCCCAGUCUUCUCAAACUCCUCUACAACAAAAUGAUCCUCCAUGCUCCCUCCUGAAACCCAAGAAAAAACAAAAAUCACCAUUCCCAAACCAAAUCCCAACCCUUCUCCCAUGGCUCACCGUCAUCUCAUCGACUCACUCACCUCCCACAUCUCCCUCUACCAUUCCCAAUCCCCAAACCCUAACCCUAACCUUAACCUUAACCCUAACCCUAGAUCCUCCAUUCUCAAAUGGUUCUCCUCUCUCUCAACUCACCAACGUCUAUCUCAUCUCACAAUUCUCCAUUCCAGUUUCGUCCAGAUCCUACUCCAGAUGCUGUCCAAGCUCCAUUCCAACAACAACCACGGUUGCUUCAUCCUCCUCCCUGAUCUCCCCUCCCGCGAUCCGCCUUUUCUCCCUACUCUCUGCUUCAAGAAAUCUCACGGCCUCCUCGCUCGAAUCGCCGAUUCUGACGCUUCCGCGAAGCUGAUCUUCGAUUCGGUUAGACUUUUCGAGUCACGCGAAGGCGAGGAUGGUGUCGCCGGAUGCUCUUGCUCGGUAAGGAAUCUCGACGCGGUGACGUUUUCUGUUGAGCUUGUGGAGGAUGUGGAGAGAUUUGUAGAGGCUAUGGAUAGGAUCUCCGGCGGAGGGUUUCUUAGAGGGGAGGAAACCGAGCUUGGGGAGGAUUGGAUGGAGUUGAAUUGGUUGAAAUCGAAGGGAUACUAUGGGAUUGAGGCUUUUAUUGCGAAUAGGAUUGAGGUUUGUUUGAGGUUGGCUUGGUUGAAUAGCUGUGGUGGGAAGAAGAGAGGUGUGAAAUUGAAGGAGAAGUUGAAUGUGGCUGGGGUGGCUGCUAAUGUGUAUUGGAGGAAAAAAGGUUGUCUGGAUUGGUGGGGGAAUUUGGAUUCUGUCACAAGGAAGAAGGUGUUCGACACUAUCAUCAUGAAAUCCGCUAAAACUUUGACGAAUGAGAUUUUGAAAAUGGCCAGCAGUGCCUCCAAAGAUGAAGUUUGGCUAUACAGUAGUGGGAUGAGAGUUGAUGAGCUACUUGGCUAUAAUUGUACUGCAUCUUCUCAAAGGACCAUCCGGACAUUUUGCGAUGAUACAGAAUUUGGCAGAAUUAUUACACCAGUCAACAGUUGUAAAAGGCCUGCAGCUUUAAUCAGAGUCUUUAAUUCCUUAUCUGUGCUUCAAGACAUUAACAUAAUGUUAACAUCAAGUAUUAAUAGUGAAUAUGAUAUAGGAACUCUUUUCUUUAGUUCGUUGGGUUCUGUCUCUACAAUAUCUGAUUGUAUAUUAAGAAAAUUGAGAGGUUUUCUGAUGGUUAUUUCACUUGACUGCACAAAACGUGAGCUACUAGAGGAGGAACAUGGCAAAUCCUCGUCGGGUAAACCUAAGGAAAAGGUUGGUCUUUCUAACCGUAAAAAGAAGGGACGGACCCGCAAUAAAAAGCAAAAUCCUGCCCCAAAAACAUCUGUGAGUGGUAUUUCAUGCGAAAAUCAUCAUAAGGACAUUGAUUGUGUAAUGGACAGUACAAAGAAGACUGAUUUAACAAAACCUGGGGAACUUCCUCUGGGAAAGGAUACUUCUAAGGGGAGUUCGUCAUCAACUGUAAAAAUUGUAGAUAAUACUCGGGAAUCAAAUAUUGGCAAACCUCGAACUACACCAAGAAGAAGUAGGAAAGAGAAAAAUAAAAAUAAAAGCGCCCUUAUUGACAAUGCAGUUGAAGAUUCUCUUGACUCAAUUAUGCAUGCUGCCUCUACCACUAUUAUUUCUAAAGGUGAGGUGGCAAUAUGCGAUAGGUCUUUUGAUAGUUCUACCAUUCAGAAUGUCAAACAUGACGAUUCAAUUGGUAAUGACACCCUUGCUUCAAAUUCAAGCCUUAGUUGUUCUUUUAAUAGACUUACUAAGGAGAACACCUCUAUUGGGAAUGUUGAAGGAGAGACUGUUGACAAUCUUGCUGAAAGUUGCGAUAGUUCAGGUUCUCCGUGUUGUUCAUUGCCAAAUGAACGGAAAUUAUUGUCUUCUGAAUUAAAUACUUGCAACGUAGAAUGUGAAGCUAUAACACCGCCUGUACCUGCAUUGGAGCAUGGUAGUUUCUCCAGCAAUGACAAUACCUGUUCUCUGAACACAACAGGUGCUGCCAAAGCUGAUGUAAAGUCAACUAUUCAUGACAAACCGAUUCGAGAGGUUAAUGUAAAAGAAUUUAGUAAGUUAAGAGAGAGAGAUAGAUGUCUAUUUGAUAGUAGAAAUUCUGCUUUCUCAAAAUGCAGUCCAUAUGAAUGGCCUGGUAUACCCUCUAUCUAUUUUCCAUCUUUUAACUCACAUCUCCCUCCCGCGACUGACAGAUUGCAUCUGGAUGUUGGGCGCAAUUGGCAUAAUCACUUCUGCCAACCAUUUGUUCCCACAUUACAGCAAACAAGAAAUACACCAAUUGAAGGUGGAUGCAACCAAAUCCUGUCUCGUUCAAUUCCUAUGAGUUUUGACUGGCCACCAGUUUUCCGUGGUGGUGUGACCCCAUCACCAAAUUGUAAUUAUGACUCCAGUUUCAUAUCUAGGCGGCAAUGUAAAGUUUCAAAAGGGUUGGCUGUUCACAGCAUGCAUGUUGAUGCAACAAUUCCUGAUGAUGAAAGGAAGUACUCUGGGGAUACAUUGGAUUUACCUGACCUAGUAACUACACAGGAGUUCACAGAUGACUUUGACAACCUCUGUGUAUCAGAGGAAGAGUAUGAUUUUCAUGCUGUUUCCGGUAUAGAUUAUAAUCAAUAUUUUGGCGGCGGUGUAAUGUACUGGAACCCUUCUGAUCAUUCAGGAAAAGGUUUCUCUCGGCCUCCCUCUCUCAGCUCUGAUGACAGUCUAUGGGCUUUGCGUGAAGCUGACAUGAAUAGGACAGUAGAUGAUAUGGUUGCUUUCUCAUCUUCAUAUAGUACAAAUGGUUUAACAUCACCAACUGCUGCGACAUUUUGCUCUCCCUUUGAUCCUGUAGGGACUGGGGCUCAGGCUGUUGGCUAUGUAAUGUCAGGUAAUGAAAUUCCUGGGAAAGUGAUGCAUUCUUCAUCAGUUACAGAUGCAGCAGUGGAUGAUGAUACUUCUGGUUCUUUGGGUAGUAACUUAUCUGGAGAAACUGAAGGGAAGACGGGUGAUUCACAUCCGUAUCCCAUUCUACGGCCAAUAAUUAUUCCUAACUUUUCAAGGGAAAGGUCUAUAUGUGUUGAUCAUAAAAGCCCUUGUGUUCCUCCUACUAGGCGGGAGCAGCCUCGCAUAAAGCGGCCACCAUCCCCUGUGGUGCUUUGUGUACCGCGUGCACCACGUCCUCCCCCACCCUCCCCUGUGAGUGAUUCCAGGAAACAAAGGGGUUUUCCAACUGUUCGAUCUGGUAGUUCCAGCCCAAGACACUGGGGAAUGAGAGGUUGGUAUCAUGAUGGAAGUAAUUUAGAGGAUGCUUGUUUGAGAAUGGAUGGUGCUGAAGUUGUGUGGCCUUCCUGGAGAAAUAAAAACCUUGCAGUGCAACCUCUGAUCCAACCUUUACCUGCUGCCUUGCUGCAGGACCGCCUGAUUGCAAUGUCACAGAUAGCACGUGACCAGGAACAUCCGGAUGUCACUAUUCCUCUGCAACCUGCCGAGUUACGAAGCUGUUCUGCAACAAGUGCAUCUUUAUCUUUGAUGCAUGGAAUGCUCCAUGAUGAGAUUGACUCUUUCUGUAAACAGGUUGCCGCAGAAAACAUGGCAAGGAGGCCUUACAUUAAUUGGGCUGUCAAGAGAGUUACCCGAUCUCUGCAGGUUCUAUGGCCCAGAUCCAGGACAAACAUAUUUGGUUCCAACGCCACUGGUAUGGCUCUUCCAACAAGUGAUGUUGACCUUGUGGUUUCUCUCCCUCCAGUGAGGAACCUGGAACCUAUUAAAGAAGCUGGAAUAUUGGAAGGUCGUAAUGGUAUUAAAGAAACAUGUCUUCAGCACGCAGCGAGGUAUCUUGCCAAUCAGGAAUGGGUAAAAAAUGAUUCUCUAAAGACAGUGGAAAAUACUGCUAUUCCUAUUAUUAUGCUCGUGGUGGAAGUACCCCAGGAUGUUAUCACUUCAUCAGCUCCCACGUUAAAUUCAUUAAAGGAAGAGCCACAAUGUACAACUGGUGAACAUGGUAAUGACAGUCAUUGUGAUACUAUCCAGUUAGAAGAUCCAGCUUUGCUGAAAAGGUCUCAAACUAAUUUUUAUGCUGUAAAAGAUUCCAAAUCAGUUCGUGUUGACAUCAGCUUUAAGUCCCCAUCACAUACAGGACUCCAAACUACAGGAAUGGUUAAGGAGUUGACGGAACAAUUUCCUGCUGCUACUCCUCUUGCUUUGGUGCUGAAACAGUUUUUGGCAGAUCGAAGCCUUGACCAGUCCUACUCUGGUGGCUUAAGUUCUUACUGUUUGGUACUGCUAAUUAUACGUUUUCUUCAGCAUGAGCACCAUCUUGGCCGGCCGAUCAACCAAAAUUACGGAAGUCUUAUGGUUGAUUUUCUUUAUUUUUUUGGGAAUGUGUUUGAUCCCCGUCAAAUGCGGAUAUCAGUGCAAGGAAGUGGACUUUAUAUAAAAAGAGAAAGAGGUUGCAGCAUUGAUCCAAUUCACAUAGAUGAUCCUCUUUUUCCAACAAAUAAUGUGGGAAGGAAUUGCUUCAGAAUCCAUCAAUGUAUUAAGGCAUUUUCAGAAGCUUAUAUUGUUCUUGAAAAUGAACUGACGCUCAUAAAUGGUGAUGGCGAGUCAUGCUCGAAACCAUCUUACAGACUGCUUCCAAAAAUAAUCUCAAGUCUUGAUGUAUCGUAAAGAUUCUUGUUACAUGAAGACCGAUUAGUUUUGUCUGAAAGGUUCGUUCUUGGGUUUGUGCAAAGUUGUGCAUGCCAAGAAGAUAUUGGGUUGUUACUCUAGUGACGUGGAGUAUACAUGGAAUGAUGGAAACUGAAUCACUAUCCAAAGGCUUGCAUUCCAUGCGGGUGGGUCAAAACUUAAACAAUGCAAAUAUUUAUGAGUUGAUCUCCAGGCACUGCCUAAGAUGAUUACAAGAUUUUUCACUGUACUUGGUGCCAAGAACUAGCUUAGGACUUUAUCAUUCUGGUAUGGUGGAUCAUCUAUGGACUUUAAACUUGUUACUGGCUUGAUUACUGGUUCUCUGUCCUCUGCCGGUGAGUUAUUUAAUUCCUAGUGAAUAGCAUCAGUGGAGUUUCUCAGAACAUAAGGCAUAUUGCUGAUGCCACCACAAUUGUAUGCAUACUUAUUGUUUUGUACUAAGUUGGAAGCAGUUUCUGUGUCAUUUGCUUAUUAAUUUUUUUAUCUUUAGUUUCUUUUGAACAUUUUCUUCUCAACAUCUAAGCUCUUCUGUAUUUAUAUAGUUUCAGGAUUUGUAGGGCGGCACGCAGAAGGAAAUUUCUGAUAAGCACCUAAACACUGCUGCUCGUGAAAUCCUAUCUUAAAAGUUUGCAGACAAGGACAAUGAAUCAAGCCAUUUAAGUGUCUGUCUGGAUGGACGGUGAAUUUGGUAAAAUCACUGUUGCACAGUGAUAUUGUUGAAGUUUUAGCUUUUGCCAAAAUGGUAAUGACUCAUCAUGAUUCUGCCAAUCUCACUGGUAAGUGGUAACCCAAAUAUGCGCCAAGUACUCUCCAACAAGCAUCAUAGACUACAUGAUGCUGGAUUUAGACACCCCUUAUUGCCCAAAUUCCCACCAUAAUGCUACCUUUGAGAGCCGAUGUUUCGCGGCGGCACUCUACAAUGCUUCAUAUUUUUCAAGUUAGCUCCUAUAUAUGUAGCCCUUUUUGCGUCACUGAUAAUCAACUCUGAUACCAUAUGAUAAACAUCCAAACACUUGGUAUUCCUUCCCUUAAACGCCAGCUGUCAAACAACUUAAGGGCCCUUUGCUACAUGAUGUUGGACUUAGGCACCUCUUAAUACUCAAGUCCCAAUCAACUUAUUGCAUGUUUUUCUCUAGAUAUUUUAUCUUUCUGUAAUUAUUUUCAUAUCAAAAUAAACUCUGAACUCAGCAAAACAUAACAAUUGUUGUCAA